AAUCCCUUUGCCGAUGCCGAUCUUGUCAUCCAUGUUAUAAUAAUGGUGGUAUGAAAAGAAGAGAUGUGAUCAAGGCAGAUAUACGCAAUAAUUCUAACGUUAUUCUCUAUCCAUUUUCAUCACUUAUUAAUAUUUCUGUAUAUUAGAGAGUCAUCAUGAGCGGUGGAAUACCAUAUUUAGGGAGCAAAAUAAGCCUAAUAUCGAAGUCAGAAAUUCGAUAUGAAGGGAUACUUUAUACCAUAGACACUAAAGAAUCCACAGUAGCGCUUGCAAAAGUUAGGUCAUUUGGGACGGAAGACAGACCUACAGAACGUCCAGUUGCUCCAAGAGAUGAAAUCUAUGAGUACAUAAUCUUCCGUGCAAGUGACAUCAAAGAUUUACAUGUGUGUGAGCCUCCUAAACCCCAUAAUCUUAACAGUGGCCUUCCAAAUGACCCUGCUAUAGUACAACAUUCUGCUCCCGUAUCGCAAUCUGCUUCCAACACUUCAUUUGGUCAGUCUGGUAAUUCUUUUGGACCUAUUGGUGCUUUGCCUUCCUACCAAGAUUACUCCAACCAGCAGUCGGGACUGCCACACAUUCCCCAACCCUUUUCCACACCUGCCCAUUCUCAGCAGUCCGACUCCAGAUCUGAAACUCCUACCCCUACCCCCCAGCAUCGCAAGAGUCCAACAUUAGAUAUAGGAUCAGCGGCUCACGGAGGCAAUGUGCAUCGCGUGGACAACCGUUCCGUGGGGCAGCGUUCCCAGAACAAGCCUCAACAGCCGGGCCCACCGACCGUGCCCAAUCAAAACAACCGCAGACCAGGGCCCAUGCAACAGGGACAGAGGCAACAGCGCUCUCCUCAGCGUGGCAGAAGUCAAAGGAGAGGCCGACAACAAGGCAGAAAUCGCCAGAAUUACUCUGGCAGGUCCAAAGACGUCUUAGAGUUUGAAGGAGAGUAUGAUUUUGAGCAAGCUAAUGCUGAAUUUCAAGAAUUAGAGGGAAAGCUUGGUAAAUUGAAAAUUGCAGAUACAGAGGAAGUAGUACCAAAAUCACCCCCAUCAGAUUCUGCUCCACUCAUUGAAACUGAAGAUAAGAAAGAUGAGGGCCUUUGGAAUGAUGAAAAUAGUGUUCCGGAGGAUGAAGAAAGCAAGGCAUUUUACAACAAAGCAAAGUCUUUCUUUGAUAACAUCAGUUGUGAAGCUGUUGAACGAAGCAAAGGCAACGUUCAUCGUCACGACUGGAGGCAGGAGCGAAAACUGAAUGUGGAGACGUUCGGAGUUUCGGCCAACAACAGCUGGAUGCGGCGGAAUGCGUGGCGAGGUCGCGGCGGUGGAUACCGCGGCAGGGGCUACGGCCCCCGCCGUGGAAGGGGAGGCAGGGGGAUGAACUCCGGAGGCGACAGACAAAAUUAUAUGUCUUCUAAUGUUCCAGUCCAACAAAAACGAUGAAGAGCAGCAACGACAGUCAUUCAUCCAAGCUUCUGCUUUUAAACAACAGAAUGAUGUGCAAGUUCUGCACAGUCAGCACUCACAAAUGUCUGAAUGUCAUUUUAUCACUAACUUAGUACAGUUGGGUUCUUUUAAUUAUCUUAGUCCUUUAUAUUUUUUACAGGUAAAGUUGUAUUUAAAAAAUUAUUAUUUUGCAUUCUGAAUACACUACCUGAUUCGGUGAUAGACAAUACUUGAAAUUGAAUAUACAAUCAGCCUUCUUAUGUUAGUCUUUGUCUUCCUAAUUCUUAAUGAUACUUUUAAAGUGCAAUAUUUCAAGAAGUAUUUGAUUUUCAAACAAAUUCAAAAUAAUAAGGUGGAGUACGCCAAAUCCAUGGUUACCUAUUCUGUACAUUGAUUUUAUCUUUAUUUUUUGCUAUUUCUUAUCAUAUAUUUGAUUGCUCCUCCGAAACUCGCUAUGUGUAUUUGUACAACUUUUCAGGGAGAAAAAAAUUACUUUUUUGAAUCUUCUAUUCCAGUUUUAACUUCAUACUGUUAAAUGUAAUAGAUUUUCUUUGUCAUUGAUUUUCACAAUAUUUCACAGUUGUUCAGUUGUUUUCACCUCAACACAUAACAAAUUUGAAUUUUUUAGUCACAAUCAAUAUGCAUAGAGUGGAUUUUCAAAACCAAUCCACAUGUAAAAUUGCUUCUGAAUCAAUGAAAAAGUGGAAAUUGGUAUUGAUUGCACAUAGCAGGUUUUUUAAAUGUAACAAUGAUACAAGACACUUUUAAUACAUUUCUUAACCGAUGUUGUACGAGACGAAGAGAAUGAUAAAAGAAAUUAUAUGUUGAAAAAGAUAUUGUAUCUAAAUUAUGAUGAACUAAGUCAAAAGAUAUUGCACCCUUUUAAAUGUGUGGUUGUCCUUUUUCAACACUAACUUUUUCAAUGAAGACUUUUCACUGAGCCAAGAUGUACAAACUUUUAACCAAAAAACUUUUUAAGAAUAUUAACUAUAGAAAUACAAAAUAAAUUAAAAAUUAAGUAGUUAUCUCAAUUUUUGAAAAAUACCUUUAAUGUUGUCUUGUUAAAUUAAAAUGGUUAAAAAUUACAAUUAAGUCAUUAAUUUUUUGCACUCAAUGUACGUUAUCUUACAAAAUUUUUCGUAAACUUUAAUUUUGAAAUAAGUGGGUGGUUAACACAAGUAAGGUUUGAUUGUAUAUCUAUGUAUAUUUUUUGAUGAAUUAAGUAUGUAUUGAGUUUUUGUGUGCCUUGUAAGUCAAGUAAAUUUUGAAGAUGCUCAAAAUUAUCGACAAAAUUAAUUAUCCUUUGUUUUUUUCAGUGUCGUUUUUUUCAAUUGAUCCGAUUGAAAAUUUUGUUAGAAAUGUAAAAUAAGGCAUUGCUGUGUAAUAAGUAUUGAUUAAUGUUUUAUCAAAGUGUGAUUAUGAUAAUUGAUCUGUAAAAAGGCUUUAGUUUUUGUAUACAUGAAAUUUUAAUUUAGCAAAGAAAAAUGUAUAAAGCAUUUGAUAAGUAGAGUACAUUAAUUUCCAUGGAUCUUUUUGGAAGAUUCAAGUGUUUUAUAUUUCAGUAUUGAGUGUGGUAAACUUUUUUCUAUUGUAUAGGUAAUCUUUUCUUCUUAAUUGUAACUCUUUUAAAAUACUAUUAGUUCCUUUUUUUUUCUUCAUAUUAUUUGCUUUUUAAUAUGUUUGUGUUAAAACUUUUUUUCAACAAAAAUUUAAAAAAAAAACUAAUUUUAACUAUGAUAAAGGAAUUUGCUUAAAGUUUUCUUUACAAGAAUCAAUUCUUUAAUCAGAACAUAUCAGCAAGUCUUCGUUUGUUUCUUGAACAAAAAAAUAGAAAACUGAUUUAAAAAUUUGAUUGUUAAAACUAAUUUUGAUAUGGUAUACCCCUGAACCAACAUUUUUGCGUUAUCCAUAAUACUUUAAUGGGUAACCCUUUAUUCAAAAACUUAAUUUUUAUUAACUUCUAUUCAUAUACAUUUUUAAUCCUUUUAAGCUUUUAUCAACCAGUGCUGUGGUUAAUUAACUUUGUGAGAUAAAGUUGAAAUAUGAGUGGGAUGUCUGUCCCUUUUCCUUGUUUUAAAGUUAUUACUUUCUGUUAUUCUGUUUGAGAAAAAACUUGUUUAAUAUUCCUUAUUUCUUUAUUAACUGAAAGAUCAUUUUUCAGUGAUAACAAUAAUAGAUCUUUAACGAGUGUGCAGUGCACUUCGCAUGUGGUACACUUACACUUUCCCAUGGCACUGUUUUGUGGAUAAUUUUUCCAUUCAUUUGUAUUAUGUUUGUUUGCCUGUAAAGAAAAUUUUUAAAAUAAGAAUUAAGUAUUUGUUAUUUUUCAAUUUAUUAGUUUGAUGUUCUUCAAAUGUGUAGAAGUUUGUAGUUUAAUUCACGCACACUUAGCCAAUUCAUUGUCCCAGGAUGAGCAUGUUUAGAGCAUUUUUUUUGACCUCUAAAAAAGAUAUCAAUAAGUAAAUCAUGAAUUCUGCAUCAGGGUGUCUGUUAAUUGACUGUAAUGACAUAUAUUGUGAUUUCAAUUUGUGUAAUAGUAUUUUUGUGGUUCAGUUGAGCAAAGCAUUAAUAUUUUUGAAUUUUAAGUGGAAACAAAAAAUCUACAUGUAUUAAAUAAAAAAAACUUUUGUUUGUAGAGUAGAAAGAAGAUCUUUAGAACUCAAUUUUCAAUUGAAUAGAUGUUAUUAGAAGAAAACAAUAAGUUACAACAAACAGUAAGAAAGCUCAAUGUUCUGUAUUUUCAAAGGUAACAAUAUUCUUUUGGAAAUAAAAUUUUGAAUUUGUUUUUUCUGCAAUGGUAAUACAUUGACUCUGUGAAUGCAGCUAUAGUCUGCCAACAUUGUUGACCCAUCCAAUUGAACCAAUUGAUGUUCCCAUCAAUUUUUCUGAUGGUAUACUCUCAGUAAUUCAUCAUGCACAAGAUGUGUAUGAAGGGGAUAUCACACGAGAGAAAUUACAGGACAUCGCAACCGCAAUAGCAACCGUAACGCUAUCCGGAACUGGUUUUUCUACUCACUUCCACAAAGGAUUGCUCCAAAAUUCUCGUGUGCUAUGGAAAUUUGCAGUUGCUCGUAUAGGGGCAAACUUUUUCCUCCGCUAGAAAAAAAUUGCCUUUAAUUCUGGGCAAGUUACGAAGGAACCAAUCAGGGCGCUGGGCUUUCGUGACGUCAGGCAGCGUCACUGUAAAAUAUAUUUGCAAUCGUGGCGACAGAAAUGUGGGGAUUCCUUUUUAUUGUUCUAUUUAUUUUAUGUUUCAAAAAUUUUCAGUUACACUUUAAAAAACGGAUGAGUGACAUUUAAUCUUUGGUUUUGCAUCUGAUUUUGAAUUUAAAUUGCUACUUAUAUGUUAGUUAACAUCAGUGCGAAUUUUAUGCAUUUCUUAAUUUAUAUUGGUGUUUUUCGUUUCAUUAGGUUUUUGAAAAUUGUUUUGCACAAAUGUUACAAUGGGGUCGUUUCUAAAACUUUAACGUAUUUUUUCUGAAAGAGCAUGUUUAAAAACAUAGGAUCUGACCAUUUUUUAAAUAAUUUGUUUUUGUUUAAUAUUUUAAAAAAAUUACUUAAAUCGUGGCGCUUUCAUUGUUUACAUUUCUGUCGUGUGACGUCACGAAUGAUGAAAUGCCAUUCGUGUUGACAUUCACAGAGCAAAAUAUUUAAUUCGCAUCUUUACUCACGUGUAUUUGUAACGUCAUCAAGACCGCGCUUUGUUUGAAAAAUCGGACAUUUAAAAGAAUUAAUUAAAAAAUAACGGUUGGGAAAAUGAAAGUAUUUUUGGGUCUAAGUUUUUUUUUUUUUUUUGCUUAUUCUAUCAAUUUCAGUGAUAAAAGUACUACUUUUGACUGGAGGAAGCCACCCCAUUCUGAUACUUGAACAGUUACAGUAAAUUUUUUCCUUGAAAAAGUUGCGUGAAAAUUCCUUUUUAAAAAUCAUAGCAUUGAAGCUGUAUUUUUCUUUUUUAAUUCAAACUGAUGGGUACAUACAGUAUGUACCAUUUGAAAAUACUUAAAAUGUAGGAGAAUGUGAGGCAAAGUGAAAUGGUGAAAUAUUUACUCUACUUUUAGCUCCACCUAUUUAGUAAUAUUUUGACUGUGUAGUAACACAUGUAUUCUAUUCCAGUCAAGAAAAAUAAUCCCUCUGAAAAUCAAAGAAUAUGAUAAUACAAAGAAUUUUUUAAAAAUGAUACGCACAUUGAAAUAUUUUGUUGAGAUGUCAAAAAUUAUGUUUGGCAUUAUUAAAUGAUAAAGUUAUUUUUAUUAACAUUUGAAAUAUUGAUUGAGACGUACUAAUAUUCAAUGCAGUGUUAAUUUGCUCAGUAUUAAGCUUAUUUGUAUUAUAAAUGCUUGUAUAGCUUGUAUAAAUGCGCAUCAUCGUUUCAUUACAUUUUUUUAAAGCGUCACUUUAUUUUUAAAUGUCUGGAACUAUUUUAAUGAACUCGGCCACAGAUUUUCCUGUGUGCAAUAUGUAUCUAGUGGCGUUAUAUUUGUGUAAGUUAAAGUGUUAGCACAUCUCCAAUAUAUUUAUGAACUCGAAGUUUAAAAAAAUAAUUAUAAAAGGCCUAUUGAUCAGAGUUUGCUGGCUUUUUUUUUAUUUGUCAUGUUUGUUUUUAGCUAUGAAUUUAGGUAUAAUUUGUUAGAAUUAAAAUUUCUUCUUACCUGUCAAUAAGUGACUAAUAAAUCCUAUCUAAAAUUAAGAUUUAAUUUAGUAGUUAUGGGAAAAAAUAUGCCUAGAGAAGUCAUAUAUUCUGUAUGUCUUCUUUAAAUGUAACAAGAGUAUCACUUUAAAUCAAACAUUCAAUUAAUAGUAAUAAAAGUUUUCUGUUUUUCUGAAAUUUUCACCAUAAGUUCUACAAAUUAAUGUUAAAACUCAAAUAUGAAUUUAACAGGAGGAGCUUUGGUGACUGCAUGAAAUAAUAAUUGAUGCUCUAGCUCUGAAAUCAAUCAUUGCCUUGAUCAUUUCCCUUUUUUUUUUGCCAUCUUUUCACAAAUCCACAUACAAUUAAAGCUGCAAGAGCUGCAUUAAGUAUUCGAUUACUAAUUUCAUCCAUAAGUGUCGAAUUAACGCGACGCAGCGUGAUAACCAAAUGCGGAAUUGACGAAAAGCGAUGAACAAGCGCAAGCACAUGGAUGUACACUAAAAAAUGGUAGCCCCUGUUGUGAGCAAAUCGAGCAACCGGCAGUAACCCUGUAGGCAACUUCCCGCCCGAAAAACCAGUUCCAGAUAGCGUUGACGGUUCCUAUUGCGGUUGCGAUGUCCCGUAAUUUCUCUCGUGUGAUAUCCCCUUGAGAUCAUAUACAUAACAUACAAGUAAUGUAUCUAAAAAAUGUCUGAGAGUAUACUGCAUAUAUGGUUCCUAUGGGAACACCACUGUUGUUGACAACUACAAAAUCAAUUUUUUUUUUUAUGUACGUGCCAAUUGCAAAAUUGUAACAAAACACUGGUGCUUCACAAGGAAAAUUUGGUUCACUAACGCUGGCUUUUGUGUUCAGUUUUGAAGUAGAAUUGUCUGAAGAUUAAUGCCAACAAUUGUGGUAUACUAUAGCAAUGUUGUGUCGCCUGCUAAAUUAAAAUUCCUAAAAUAGUAUCUGAAAGACAAACCAAUGUCAGAUUAAAAUCCAAGACUGCUGUGGGAAAUGCUUAAUAAUGAAGAUGCUGAUCUUAUAAAAAGAAAAAUUCAUGUUCACCAUACACAUUACAGGUUUUCAAAAUAGUACUAAUGCAGUACUAGAAAAUGUUCACUUUUUUUCUCCCCUAAGUAAAAAAUACUGCAGACUUUCUCAAGAACCUGUGACUUACUUCACAAUGUCGUGCUAUGUCUGCUACCCGGCAGGGGGGUAAUAAAAGUAUUAGUUGCAGUAUGACUCCGAUAAGAUGACUUCUGAUGUGUAAAGGAUUAAACGAUUGGAAGGGGUUUGCUGUGCUACUAACAAUUAUUGGCAACUUACCUGCAUAAAAAUUUCCUUCAAUCGUAAAAUAUUAGUCAUCCAAGGUGAAGUGUCUUGUUAUCAGAGCCAUACUAUAAUUUAUCUUUCAUUGUUUCUAAAUGAUAAGUUUCAUUAUUUGUUCUUGAAUGCUGUUUGUAUUUUAAAAUAAUUCUAAUGUCAAAUAUAAUAAUUAUUCUAAAUGCUAUUUAAUUGAUCUCUGAAAAUAUCCCAAGGUAUGUGUUAUCAAGAUCUUCUAUAAUAAAGUACAAUAUUACGAAUAAUGUUUAGCUUCAAUAAAAAAGGAAGAAAAUAAUGUAAUGUUUUAAUUUUGUGUUAUUGGGAGGAGUAGCAUAAUAUUGAAAUUGACCUAAAAGAUAUUUUUCGAAAAUAAGUCUUCAUGAUAAAUUCUUGUAUUUUGUAAAAUAAAAGCAUAGGUAUAUUAUUAAAAGUUGAAACCCUGUCUGUAUUAGAAAUGUUUCAUUUAACCAGCAACAUUGUAAUAACUCAAUGUAUAACUUUUCAAAGUGUUUAUGAAUAGAAAGAACUAUAUUGUUUUAAAACCAUGAAAAAUGGUAAUAUAUAACGUGAUCAGAAUUUUAACGUAUUUUCAAAGAUUUUAAAAAUCUUGUAAACUUGCAGUAUCUCCAUAAAAAAAAUAAAUUAAAAAAAAAUGUGUUUUAUGUUUUAAGAAAUCAAAGUGACCAUAAUUUGGGAAUAGGGGCUUAAUUUUUAAUUAACUUAAAAGCUAAUAUAAGCAAAUAACAAUGGAUUUUGGAAAAAAAAAUUCAAUUAUUCUGAUGCAAUGUAAAUUGUGUUAAAACUGCAACCAGUUAAUACUGAAAUCCCGAUCUGUACAAUCAAAAGUGACAUCUAAGUUGUCUUGAAUGUAGUUCUGAAAUUUGAAAGAGAAAAUGCAAAUUUAAAAUGUUUUGUGUUCUCACCCUAAAGGUGUAAUUAAAAAGCUAAUUGGUUUUUAAAAAUUAUUUUGAUGUAUAACAUGGGGGGAAACCAGUAUUAUUAUCUUGUUAUAUUCACUGAGUUGGGAAAUAAGAUUUUUAUGAAGACUAGUGUAAAUACUGGCAUUAGAAAUUUUCUUUGUCUAGGUUUUGAUACUGCUAUUGUAUACAGGACAAUAUAUGAAAUAAAAAAACAA